GAUCAGUACAGUAUCGCCGACAUUUUUCACCCGAGGCGAUAAACCCAAUGCGAUGCCCCUGCCACUGUCGCAAUGAUUCUAUGUCGAGACUAAUGGCCAUCUCCUAUUGAUUGGCUCGGUCAGUACCAUCGCCACGUACCCUCAUAUGUCUGGAAAUUUCUGGGUAUCCUCUCCCCUUAAUUUGAGCAAUCGUCGUCAUCAUCGCCGCACAAGACAACACAAUCACCCAAGUUGUCCAUUGCACCGCAGCAAGACAGCUUGAAAGAUGAUGAAACCAUGGAGGGUGGAGGCCGAUUGAGGACUGCCAAAGAGGAAGAACAGACCCAGACAUUUUCUCCUUCUUCAUCCCACGUUAAAAGCACGAUAAGCGGCGGCGGCUGCGGCGGCAGUUGUGGUGGGCACUCGUCUUCGUCUUCCUCCUCAUGCGCGAACCAGAACCGGGACUUGCCGAGGCCGAUGGAGGGGCUGAGCGAGGCGGGGCCGCCGCCAUUCCUGACGAAGACUUUCGAGAUCGUGGAUGACCCGUCGACGGACGGGGUGGUGUCGUGGAGCGUCGCGAGGAACAGCUUCAUAGUGUGGGAUCCUCACCGGUUCUCAUCCACUCUCCUCCCCAAGUACUUCAAGCACUCCAACUUCUCUAGCUUCAUCCGCCAGCUCAACACCUAUGGCUUCAGGAAGGUGGACUCGGAUCGAUGGGAAUUUGCGAACGAGGGAUUCCUCGGAGGGCAGAGGCACCUCCUGAAGACCAUCAAGAGGAGGAGACACGUUUCCCAGCACCAGCGAAGCCCCGGAUCGGGAGGGUCGUGCCUCGAAUUGGGCCAUUUCGGGAUGGAGCCCGAGCUCGAGAGGCUGAAGCGAGACCGGUCGGUGCUCAUGUCCGAGAUCGUGAAGCUGAGGCAGCAACAGCAGGAGGCCAGAGGCCACAUGCUGACGGUGGAGACGAGGCUCCAGAGCACCGAGAGGAGGCAGCAGCAGAUGCUGAGCUUCCUCGCGAGGGCUCUAAGUAAUCCCGGCAUCAUCGGCCGGAUGGUGCACCACAGCGCUACAGGGGGUACGAGGGAGAUUUGCCGGGCCGAGAGGGGGCGGAAGAGGAGGUUGAUGGACCGGCCGAGUUCGGAGGAUCUGAGACUGGAGGAGGAAGUAUUGAUGGAGAUGGGAAGGACGGGGGGACUGGCAGGCAUGCAGGGCGGGUCCGGGACUGCUGGGCCUGCCCCCCCGAGGAGGGGGAACUCAGAGACGGUGAACGAGAUGAUCCUCGAGGAGCUAUUGAGCGAGGAUCUGAUGAGAGGCGACCCGGAGGAGGAAAUACUGGUUGGCGAUCAACCCGAAGCAGAUGCAGAAGUCGAGGAUCUGAUUCCGGGGCCGGCGGCCUGGGGAGAGGGGUUGGAAGAUGUCGUGGACCAGAAGGGUCGUCUCAGGUCGAACGAGCUUGGUUGAGCCAGCGUGAUGAGGGUUCCCAUUAAUUCCGGUACAUAAGUAGUUAUAGCUGGGUUUCUAGUUAUCUAAUAGGGUACCUAUUUGCUAUGCAUAGAAGAGUUCUUGAUCUAUGUAUGUAAAUGGCCUAGAAAAAGAAAAAUCGAUGUGUAUUAGAAUGACAUAUUUAUUUGUCUAUAUGACAUUACUGGAUACAAUUUAAUCGAUGAGAUGUUAUUACAAUUUUCAUGGUGGAAUGAUAAACGGUGAGCUUAUUUCUCGA